AUGAAACCAUCAAGUUAUCAGAGCUCCAACAUACAUAAAAAUGGCGACGACGUGACACCCGACCUCUCGACCCUAUUUCCUCAGCACACAAUCAGGAACAGCCCGGUGUUGGGGAUUUAGGUGGAAAGGAGUCGGAAAUCCUUUGUGUAUGCCGGACUAGGUUUUACUCGGGCCCUACGGAGCUAAUUUGUGGGACUUGGGCUUUUACCUCCAGAGCAACCAUUGGAAAGGACAAGAUCGGCAGCAGUCCCGAGUGGAGGCUGACUCCCUCGUGCAGGACUCAAGAGAUAGUAUUUGUCCAACGAGAAACUGGGAGUUUCGACCCAGGUGGUUGGCUCUUGGCUCCAGAAGCCAUGAAAGUCAAGACUGGUCAGUGUGAAUCCCUUGUUUGCGGCAACAAGGAAGGGUGUCCGCCGAGGCUCCAUCAUGGGCGAUGAGCGUGUAGGGGUGCAAAUCCCCGGCCCUGCAAGUGCGAAUGGCUUAACUUAAUCUUAAUCAGAGCUCCAAUGAAAGUCAUCUUCUUCAGCAAUCAGCUAAGCUAUUGAAUGAUAAAAACUUCACCCAAGCUCUCGAAUUAUGCAAUUUGAUUAUUCAUAGUAAUCCUAACUGUUCUGAAGCCUUCUACCACAAGGGAAUCGCGUUGAGCUGAAUGAAAAAAUAUCAAGAAUCAAUCCAAUGCUGUCAUACAGCCGUAAGCCUUAAUCCAAAAAGUGAAGAAGCUUACUGUUUGCUGGCCCAGGGCUUGCAAAGAAUCAAAAAUUAUGAAGCUGCAAUAAAUAUAGCGUCUGCACACUUUAGCGCGCAUUAGCCUAACUUCUUCUCCACAACUUGGAGCUCUGAUGAGCAACCUAAUGUGGCAAAUCAAUUUCAAGUUGGCACAUCCUGGAAAAGAUAUCCUUUUGUCGAUUUUGAGCUAGCACGCCACCUUUCAGCAGAUUUCCAGAACUCCCAAGUUGCAGACAAGAGCUUGCUCUAGGUACGCUAAAGGUUAAAAGCGCUAUACCUAUGCUUCAGCUAUAGAACUUAAUCCCAAAAAAAUAGAUUCAUAUAUCAAUAAAGCCGACUGCCAUAAGGCCUUAGAAGAUUAUGAAGGGGAAGUUAAGUGCUAUACUUCAGCUAUUAAAAUUUACCCAGAUUCAGAAAAUUUAUACAACUACAGGGGAAACGCUCUUACUCUCCAGAUUAAUACAAGUAGAGCUUAAAGCCUUAUUAAAAUAUUUCCAAAAAUUAGCUAUUAUUGUUUUAAGAAUCAAAUUAAUUUAAGAAGCUCAGAAAAUAGGUUUAAAUAAUUUGUUGAUAUAUUUCUUUAAUAUUUUAUAUUCUCAUUUAAAUUCAAUUUAAAAUAAAGUGUUUUUUUACUAUUUAUUUCAAAUAAAUAACUGGUAAUUACUCUUAUGGCUCUGAGAGAAGUUAGAAAGCUCAAAAGAAAUGAAGAAGCGAUAGAAAGUUAUAAUAGAGCAAUAGAAUUAGGUCCAGCCUAUAUUAAUGCACAUAUUAAUAAAGCAGCGACUUGCGUAGAAUGCGAAAAUUAUGAGGAAGCUGUUAGAUCUUAUGAUGCUGCGUUAAAUUUGAACCCUAAUGGAGGCAAUAUUUACUUUGCUAAAGGUAAUGCUCUGCAAAAUUUAGACAUGCAUCGCGAAGCUAUCAACUGCUAUGAUGCUGCUAUUAGAAUUGACUCAAAUAUUGUUAACUCCCCUUUAAAAGAGCAUACAUUAAAAUAGCGAAAAGGCCUACUCUCUUGUCACAGCACUCAAGGCAAGCUGGAAUGAAAUCAAGCCAAGAAUCAAGUGUAGACCUAACAUAUAUAGAAAUUGCCCGAGGAUGGCGUAAGAUAGAGCCAUCCUCGGGCAAUUUCUAUAUGUAUCAAGGCAGGAGUUCGAUGCUUUCCUGUAAUUGAAAAUGGAGGAGCCUAUCAAUAUCAUUUGGAUCAAUCGCAUUAUUUGACGAAAAACUCCAGACCAAGGAGUCUUUUUCCUGGAAAUGUCAAAAGUAAGAUAUUUCGGAAUCUGAUAGGCUUCAGGGAGUUUAUGCUUAAAAUCAAGCUACUAUCAUUGCGCUAGAAAUCUACAGGAUUUCGGUCAAGAUUGAAGCCCUAAAGCAGUAGAGACGGGUGGUGCAGGCUAUGGUGACUUCAUCACCAAUAUGACUAUUGCCUGUCUUUGAAACUUGACCUAAUUUAAAUCUCUUAAGAGCAAAUUAUUUUUUGGGAUAAUUAUUUAUAAAAAUUAUUGAUUAUGUAUAUUUAUUAUUUAUACACAACAAUUUUUAUAAUUACACAAUCUUAAACAAAGGAGUGAGAAUUAUUUAAAUAAAGCUAAUUCACUUAACGAGCUUGGAGAAUACGAUUCUGCAAUUAACUGCUUUAACACAGCAAUAAGGCUAAUGCCAGACAACAGAAUUGCAUACAUAAACAGAGGAAUUUCAAUGAAUAAGGCUGGAAAAUACCAAGAAGCAGUAGAAAGUUAUAAUAUUGCAAUUGAUAUGGACCCAAAUGAUGCAGAAGUCCACAAUGAGAAAGGUAUUGCUCUAAUGAACAUGGGAGCUUUAAAUGAAGCGAUAGAAAGCUUCACUACUGCUAUAAGACUAAACCCAGACUACGCCUUAUGCUUCUGCAAUAGAGGGCGAGUCUACAAUGAGCUAAAAAAUGAAAGAGCAGCGUUAGAAGACUUCAAAAUGGCAUCAGAACUUAUUAAACAAGAUAAUCUAAGGCAAUCUCUUCCUAAAAGCAGCUUCGAUUUCAUCAGAAAAACUUUAAGAAACGACCAAGCAAAACUAUUAGAAAAACUUAGAAAAUUACAAAGCAAUGCAAUUAAAUUUGAAGAAGAAAUCCAAAUUGAUAGCAGCCUUAUUAAAGGCAACUCAGUUUUUAAACAUUUGGUUUCUGUACAGGUAGAAAAAAUUAAAGAGAAGCAAGCUGAGCUUGUUGAAAAGCUAGCUGACAAAAUCAACCCAAGAAAUGCAAGUCAUCUUGUAAGCCAGCCAACCAAAGAACUGAUGGAUGAGCUUAAGGAUUUGAAAAAACAAAUGGAGGAUUUGAAAAAUCAUUAUAAUGAAGAGAUCUCUAAGCUAAGUCAAGAUAAAGUUGGGAAAAAUGAAAUUGAGGUAUCUGCCUUAAAAGUCAACCCUGUAAUUCUGCAGAAUUCUUAUCUUUACCUUUAUUAUUCUGCAUUGUAUGAUAAACUGCAUACAGUUAUAGCAGAAGCAGAAGUGAUCUGUGGAGGAAGUCUUGCCUUGGACAGUUCAGGGCCAGGAUCAUCAAUAAUUAGCUACAUAAUUGGCAUGGCCCCUAUGUUUGGUAACGUCCUGAGCGCAGCUUUUGAUAUAUGCAUUAAUACAAUAAACAAUAACUCUAUCAAAAAUCAAGCAAUUAAGCUGAAAACAGCAACAGGUAGAAAUCCCGAGGAAAGAGAAAGUGCUAUUAAAAAAACAGCUGAAAACAUUACAAUAAACAUUAAAAGGAAGCUCCUUAACAUCAGUAAAAAUCAAGAAAUUUAUUUUUGGCGUAACCAAGGACUGCUGCAAAGAUGUCAGGACUUUUUCAAAGUGAAUGUUGAUCAUAACUUGUAUCAGAACCCAGAAGAAAUAUUGGGAUGCAUUGAUGCACUCAAGAUUAUUAUGGCGAUUAUGAGUGACCAGAUUGAAGCUGGAUUAACUACUGAAGAAUUUGUGCUGCAGGCAAGCUCAAUUCCUUCCAUGUUAAAAUUUACGGACCCCCCCCUCAUUUGUCCGAUUUUCUAGUCUUUUAUCAUUUGUCCAUUUUUCUAGUUUUUUUUAUAGGAAAAAAAAAUUUUUUUUAGGACCUCAUUGUCAAAAUUUUGAUAGAAAAAAAAAAUUUUUCAGGACCUCAAUUGUCUCAUUUUCUAGUUUUUUUAAAGUAAAAAACUAGAAUUUAGGGCAUUCGAAAAAAUCCAAAAAAGACUAGAAAAUUGGACAAAUCAUUUUUGACUAGAUUUUGGGACAAAUGAGGUCCUGAAAAAAAAAAAUUCUUAUAAAAAAAAAGACUAGAAAAUUCGACAAAAUGAGGGGGGGGGUUCCUUACUAGCUCUCCCCCCCGUGAGCGAACAAAAAAAUUUUGUUCGUUCACGAAGGGGGCUAAUUUUUUUUUUAAAAAAUUUGUAUAUAAACUUUAAAGAACAUUGUAUUUUUCAAAAUUUAAAAAAAAAAUUCCAAUUUAAUUAAAUUUAAUUUGGAAAUUUAUAUUUUAAAACGCAAGCUGUAUAAAAUUAAUCAGGAUUAGCUAGAGAUUUCGUUAUAAUAAUUAUCUCUUAUAUAUCAAAAAUUUUUUCAUAAAAAAAUUAUAUAUUUUAAACAAAUUUUGUUUAGCUCACAGAGGGUGGGUUUUUGGGCAUAAAAAGAACCUCCAAUGGUUUUGUUCGCUCACGGAGGAGGGAGUAAGGAAGCAACCAUUGAAGUUCAGAGCAACUCAAGCAAUUCAAGUAAAACAAGCAAAAAAGGUAAGAAGAAAAAAAAGAAGUGUGAAGUAUUUGCAGUUUUUGGAAUUGAUUAUAAAAAUCAAUUGCUUACUUCCCUCUCGUGGGGAACAAAAAAAUUUUUGUUCGCUCGCGAAGGGGAUUUAAUUGUUUUUCAAAUUUAAAAUUUGAAAUAAUUUUAAAGCAAUAUUAAUUUAAUUUUGGAAAUUUAUGUUUUAAAAUGCAAUCCAUUUAAAAUUAAACAGAAUUAUAAUAGUUAUCACCCAUAUAUAAAAUAUUUUUCAUACAAAAUUUUUUUGUUCGUUAAAGUAGGGUGGGCGUUUACCCUAAAAUAGGGAUUUUUCCAAUUAUUUUGUUGGCUCACGAAGGGAAGUUAGCAGACCAGAAAUAUUGAGGGAAAUUGGAAAAUUGACUGGGCUGAGCUUAACAAAAAUAAUAGACUAUAGCUGAAAAUUGGAAGAACUAGGGCAUAAACCAUUAGAUAUGGAUCUAGAUCUACUAAGUAGCAUACUUCUCUCAUUUGAUGAAUAA